AUGGUGGGCGAAAAUGCAGACCCCUCAACAUCCAAACUCCCAGGAUUGCCGGGUUUUCAUCCAUACAACAUUCAGCCAUGGAUGUUAGGGACGGUGAUCUCCGUCACUCUCCUGGCCUUCCUAUCUGUCGCUCUCCGACUCGCGGCACGACGGCUGAAACAACAGAAAUUGUGGUGGGAUGAUUGGAUGAUUAUGUUUUCCAUGGCCUGGUAUAUGGUUUGCGUCGGGUUUAUUUUUGCUAUGGACGCCCACGGAAUGGGGAUCCAUGCAGACUUAGUUAACCCAAGGAAGAUUGUCCUUAUGGCUAAGUGGCUCGUCGUCGGUGAGAUUUUCUACGCCUGGAAUCUGGGCUGGACCAAGUUGGCUGUUCUCCUCAUGUAUUACCGAAUAUUCCGCAUCCCAUUUUUCAAACGAAUGAUCUGGAUCGUUGGGUCUUUUGUCAUGGCCUGGGUCGUCUGCGUGACAUUCCUCUUUAUAUUCAUCUGUGUCCCGGUUGAAAAACUUUGGUACCCUGGCCUCCCCGGGCGCUGUAUCGAUCAAAUAGGAACCUGGAUUGCCAACGUAGCGUCAACCCUCUUGAUAGACUUGCUGAUCCUCUCAUUACCCAUCCGGCAAAUUUGGGUGCUCCAACUUAGAAGCAUAGCCAAGAUAGGUCUGACAUUAGCAUUUGGCCUCGGAUUCUUCGUCAUUUUCGCAUCUGCCUACCGCACGAGCGUUCUAUUCACAUAUAGCAAUCUUGACCCAACGUACACCCUCGCCCCUACGGUUGGAUGGACCGCCAUCGAGAUGUCCGCAGGCAUCGUCUCAGCAAACUUGCCCACUCUGCUUCCCGUUCUUGUCUACUUCGGAGGUCUUAUUGGCAUAUACACCACCCGAACUGGCAAAUCUAGUACUAGUUCUCGAUCUCACGAGCUUAGUUCCUCCAAGAGCGGCCGAUUCGAUGAUAGAAAUAGUGGCGCUGUGAACGCAGGUGCCCCAAAUAGUAGUAAUACGUUUGCUGGACUGCCUGAUGAAGCGGUCUCUGUUUCUGAGGGUUCAGGGGCAGAGCCAGCAUCUGGAGUACCUCCACCACGAGAUGCGUCCAAUGUUGAAUAUUUGGAGAACGUACAAGGGCACCAAAACAAAACGUCAGGUUAUGCGGGAAAAAACACAGUUAUCGAUGAUGGAUGA